AUGAACGCUGAAGGGGACUUUUGCUAAUAAUCAAUAGGUGGUUGUUUUUAACUUUAACGUGAACAGACUUACUGCAGAAUGUCGCUGCGGUGGGAAGAGUUGCCGCUGUUGUCCACCUGUAGCACAUAAAGAAACUUCCUCCAUGGGUUGAAGAAGAGCGAAGUGAGGUCACAUUUGGAUGCAAAUAACGGUACGCGUCGUUAGCCGAAUGUUAGCUAACAAAUGUGUUAGUAGGCUAACUCAGGCUAAGUUGCGAUGGAGCGCGGGACUUUUUCCAAAUACUCCUGGAUUGAUUUCGCCUUCUCUGUCAUCGGAGUGUGUACUUUCCUGGUGGACUGGGGCUCCGACCUGUGGGUUGCCGUCGAGUUUUACUGCCAUGGGGACUUAUUGUGGUUCGGGGCACUGGUCGCCCUCAUGGUGCUGUCGUCCUCCGUGGUCCAAAUGUUCAGCUGGUUCUGGUUAAAAUAUGACCGACAACUUCCAGGGUUCCGCAGUGACAUCGGGGCCGAAGCUGUGCUCUUUGUGGACAAAGUGAAGCUCUCCUGCCUAUUACAUGUCCUGCAGCUGGGGUUCCUAUGCAGGCACAUCUCGGCCAUCAGACAAGGCUUCAGGGUGUGGUGGCGCAAAGAAGAAGGGUCGGAGUACGCUGUUUAUCUGACCCAUGACCUCAGCAUGCUGCGUCUCAUUGAAACGUUCUGUGAAAGCGCUCCGCAGCUCACGCUGAUGAUCUAUGUGGUGCUGCGCAACAACAAAGCCAGGACCGUCCAGUUUGUGAGCAUUGCAGCAUCAACCACGUCCAUAGCCUGGAUGGUGGUGGACUACCACCGCUCCCUGCGCUCCUUCCUGCCAGACAAGGCCAAGCAGGGCUGGGGCUCCUCUUUGGUCUACUUCCUGUGGAACCUGCUGCUCAUUUCCCCACGUGUCGCUGCCCUCGCUCUCUUCGCCUCUGUCCUGCCCGGCUACAUCGCUGCCCACUUCCUGAUGGUUUGGUUGGGCUUCGUCCUCUGGGCUUGGAGACAGAGGACAGACUUCAUGGACAGCGUUGGUGGAGAAUGGCUCUACCGGGCCACAGUGGGGCUCAUCUGGUACUUCAGCUGGUUUAACGUAGCCGAGGGUCGGACUCGUGGGAGGAGCAUCAUCUAUCAUACGUUCAUCGCUACAGAUGGAGGGAUCCUGCUGGCCACUUGGUGGUGCUACAGAGACCCUGUGACAUCACAGCCAUACGCCCUGUCGCUGCUCAUCAUCCUACCUCUCACUUACUUACUGGGACUGCUCUUUAAGGUCAUCUACUACUGCUGCUUCCACCCAAAACUGUGGAGGCCCCCGAUGAGGGAUCCAGGGCUGCCUGAUGACUUGCCUGAUGCAGAAGUGUCCUUCAGAGAAUUUCCCAUCCAGGACGGCACCCUGUCCUCCCAGCUGCUCAACAAAAGGAUGGCGCACAAUGCUGCACUCUUUUACUCAGUCAGUAGAAACACAAGAUAACGACUGAUAACUCUUGUUUUAGUUUGUUGCAAUCAUGUUUCCUGUACAAUCUGAUGAUAUCUAAUAUAAGCUUUGUGCCCGUGUAUCUGAUUGAUGAUUCAGUGUGGCUUUUGGAAACUCUUGACAGUGUAAUUGGCAUCAUUAGAUUGUAUAGGUGUACAUAAUGAAGUGCUCGGUGAAAGUAUGCCAGCCUGUCUUUAUCUGUGUUAUUUACAUAGCCAUAUUGUAUCAGGACAAUGCCACACAUUUUGGGAUGAUUAAAUGCCAAAUUGUCCAACACACCAUGGCCUCACAUUUUUAUAUAGCAUUUUCUAAGUGUAUUUAAAUAAAUCGG